AUGCCAACGGAUCCACGAUUCGCUCGCCUGCAGACGGAUCCUAGGUUCCGUCGACCGAAGCAGAAGAAUUUGAAAGUGGUGAUUGAUGAAAGGUUUCGUGAGGUGCUCGAAUCGGAUGAGUUUGGACAAGGAGGGAAAGGUGUCGAUAAACGAGGAAAGAAAUUAGGCAAAGAUCAUCAACGUCAAAACCUUAAGAGAUUCUAUCGAUUAGCUUCUCCGGAAACUCAGCCGAAAGUGGAUUACGCACGUGGAGAAGCUGCCCUCCCUUCUUCCGGAUCUGAAGACGAGGGGGACGAGGACGAGGACGAGGAAGAAUCACAAUCAGAGUCGGAAGAAGAAGAAAUCGAAAUUGGGGCGAAACGUAAGAGACGGUAUGGAUUGGGAUUAGAUGAAGCGUUAGGUUUAUACAAUGAAAGUGAGAGUGAGGAGAGUUAUUUGGAUGUGGAUCUUUCAGAAGAUGACAUUCUACCUGUUUCGAAGAAAGAACGGAAAGGGGAAAGUAGCAGUGGUAGAAGGGAAGGAGAUGAGGAUGAUAAAGAAGUAGUUGAGAUGAUAGAACCGACCGAAAGGAUAGCGGCGGUGAAUCUUGAUUGGGACAAUCUCAGAGCUACGGAUUUAUUCGCGAUUUUCAAUUCUUUUUUGAAGUCUGGGGAUGCAGGUAGGACACUAGGAAGGUUGGUCAAUGUCAAAAUAUAUCCAAGUGAGUUUGGGAAAGAGAGGAUGGCUAAGGAGGAUGAACAAGGUCCAGCUGGGGGGAUUUUUCUGAAUAAGGAGAGACGACGAGCUCGAGGUUCGGUCAGUGAGGGAAGCGAGAAUGACGAGGACGAAGAGAUUGAUGGACAAGAAGAUGGAGAAAGUGAAGAUGAGGAUGAAAUGGACCUAGGAAGCGACGAGGACGAGGAAGCGGAGGAAGAGAAUGAUCUUAGUGAUAAGUCUAAUCUGGGCCUCGAACAGGAUAUGAACGAAGACAUGGAUCAACUCAGACAAUAUCAAUUGGAAAGAUUACGAUAUUAUUACGCCAUAGCGACUUUCUCCACUGUAGAAGCCGCCAAACAUGUCAUGGAGGAAUGUAAUGGUACGGAAUUUGAACGGACUGCCAAUGUCCUCGAUCUGAGUUAUGUGCCGAAUGGUAUGGAAUUUGACGAUGAACCGAAGGACGAAGCUACAAAAGAACCGAAAGCUUAUAAAGGGAAUGAUUUUGUUACUGAUGCCCUGCGACAUUCCAAAGUCAAACUCACAUGGGAUCAAGACGAUCCUAAUCGAAACAAGAUCACCCGACGUGCACUUACACGCGAAGAGAUAGAAGAACAAGAUUUCAAAGAUUACCUUGCCUCUUCUUCCGGUGAAUCCGACUCUGAUGAUGAUCAAGCAAUCAUUGCCGCUCCUCUUCCCACUUCCAGCACAAAAAGAACGCACUCAUCCAUACCUUUGUCCAAAGUCGAAGCUUCGUCGAGUAAAGCAGAAGGGAGUAAAUCGAAGAAGAGGAAAAUUAAAGAACGUACUGCCAAACUACGUUCACUCCUCUUAGCGCCCAACGAAGACGAUGGGGAUUUAUGGGGUAAAGCUGGUCGAUCUAAUACCGUAUCCAUACCUAUACCAGAAAAAGAAGGACAAGUGGAGAUUACUUUCCGACCUGGUUUAUCGAAAACUACGACGGAUGAGGAAGAUAUGACCACUUUGGAGAAAUACCAAAUGCGAAUUAAAGAGAAGAAAGCUAAGAAACAAGAAGCUGCAGAACUUCGUAGAGCCGAAAAUGGAGAUCCCAAAGCGGGAGAAGAUGUUCAGGUGGACGAAUUUUUCGGAGAUGAUUCUGAUGAGGAACGACAUAGCAAAUCCAUCAAGCUCAAGAAUGGUAAGUCUGUCUUGGGAAGGGAGAAAGGUAAGAGAAAUGGGGAAUUGGAGGGAAAGAAACAAAGGGAUGAUUCAGUGGUAGAGAUGGAUAUGGAGGUACCGAUGGGUAGAGAAGAUGCACAUUUCUCAAUGAAAGAUGUUAUGAAAGCUGAGAAAAUGGAAGGAAAGAAAAGAAAGAGAAAUAGGAAUAAGAAAAAAGGUAGAGAAGAUGAAAGAGAAGUAGAAUUAGGUCCUGAAGGUUGGAAAAUGGAUGUUAAAGAUGAAAGGUUUAAAGUUUUACAUGAAGAACCUGAAUUCGCUAUUGAUCCUAGUGAUCCUCAUUUCACUUCGACUAAAGCUAUGAAAGCAAUGUUAGAAGAACGUCGUCGAAUUCGUCAAUCUGUCGAAAAUUCCACUUCCGUUUAUCAAUCAGGCAAAAAGGGAGAGAGUGAGGAAAAGGGGUUAAGGGAGUUGGUAAAGAGUGUGAAGAUGAGAAGUAAAUUGAAGAGAUGA